CUUCCUGCUCUUUCCCCCAGGCUUGUCCUUUCCUUCUAGAAAUCUUCAGGAGUUCUGGGCACCAGGGAGGAGAGCAGGCAGGGGGGUGAGGAGGGUAAGGGAGUGGGGACAAUUCGGGGGCGGGCUGGAGAACUAGGACUUGGCUAAUUUGAGAGUGAGCAUGGGGGAAGUCUCAAGGGGUUUCCCUAGACCCAUAGGGGGCAGCCGGAGUCGGCUGCCGGAGGUGAGGGGGCGGAGAAAGGGUGGGGACCAGCCCCGCGGGGGGCGAUGCGGUUGCUGCAGCGCGGCGGCAGGAGUUUCCCACAAUGCAGCGCGGUGCGCUGUCCCCGGUGCUGAUGCUCAGCGCUGCCCCGGAGCCUCCGCCGCGGCCGCCUCCUGCCCUGUCCCCACCGGGCCCGGGCUCUGGCUCCCGCCAUGGCUCGACUCGUCCCGGUCCUACCCCAGAGCCGUCGGGGAGCCUGGGCGCGGCGCUCGACAGCAGCCUGCGCGCCGCCGUGGCGUUCAAGGCGGAGGGCCAGCGCUGCUACCGAGAGAAGAAGUUCCGGGAGGCCAUCGGCAAGUACCACCGAGCGCUGCUGCAGCUGAAGGCGGCGCAGGGGGCCCGCCCUGGCGGCCUGCCUGCCCCCGCCCCCGGGCCCACCAGCAGUCCCGGGCCGGCGCGCCUCAGCGAGGAGCAGCGGCGCCUGGUGGAGAGCACGGAGGUGGAGUGUUAUGAUUCUCUCACAGCUUGCCUGCUGCAGUCGGAGCUGGUGAACUACGAGCGCGUGCGUGAGUACUGUCUCAAGGUGCUGGAGAAGCAGCAGGGCAACUUCAAGGCCACCUACCGCGCCGGCAUUGCCUUCUACCACCUAGGUGACUAUGCACGCGCAUUGCGCUACCUGCAGGAGGCCCGCAGCCGGGAGCCCACAGACACCAAUGUGCUCCGCUACAUCCAGCUGACUCAGCUGAAGAUGAACCGUUGCAGCCUCCAGCGGGAAGACAGUGGAGCUGGGGCCCAGACUCGGGAUGUGAUUGGUUGAGGCCAACCCAAGAGGACCGUCUCUGCCCCCUCAUCCUCUCACCUCACCAUGUAUGUAACUUCCCCCUGACUCAUGUUUGCUGGUAAAACACUUGUCACUGGUGAUCAUAA